CAUAUUUCAAUUGUCAAAAAGUAAAAAAUACUCCACAAGUAUAAAACACCUAUCUAUUUUAUUUUUCCUUUUUGUUUUUUUUUCAGUAUCUGCACAAUUAUUUGUUCUUUCUCCCUCCAAUUUCGCGUGGAUCUCAAUAGAAUUUACCCCCAACUUUUCUUUCACGCGCAUUGUUUUUUCUAUCCAAAUCUCUCCUCAGAUCACCGGCACCGUUCCAUUUUUUCCACCUAUAUUGUAAUCGAUCCUAAAUUCUUAACAGUAGAAAGAUCUAGGGUUAGAAGCUGAUUCCACAGCUGUUUCAAGCACAUUCGUUUCAUUUCGAUACAGAAUCCAAUUGAUGCACGCGGUUUCGAUUCAAAGGCGUUGAAAUUCAGCCAAUCCAGGUUUCGUUUUGUUCUCCGUGAGGUUAGCUCGGUUUGUGAAUGACAGAUACGGAUACGGUUUUGGUUUAGAUGACGAGCAUGGAGGUCGUUAGCGAUGCGGCGUCGUUGGAGGUCGAUUUGUUGCAGCUCCCUGAGGUGUCCGCUCUGGCACUCAAGUCUAACCUCAGCUUUGUCGAGACGCUCUUCGAGCAGUGGUUGUCGCUUCCUGAAAGCAAUCGUCUGGUAACAUCGCUGCUAAAUGAAGCUAAGUCAGGUGCUCCCUUGAAUGUCCCAGGGAAUUGCUCUAGUCCAAAUGCUGCAAGCAAUUCUUUGCCCUCCAUGUUUCCUGCAGGCACUGCACCACCUCUUUCCCCAAGAAGUGUAUCGGGCUCCCCUCGCAUAGUGAAACAGAGAGUUGGCCCUUCUAAUUUGAGUUCUCCUUUGAAGGUUGUCAGUGAGCCAGUUAAAGAACUGAUACCUCAGUUCUACUUUCAAUAUGGACGUCCUCCUCCAAAUGAACUGAAAGAGCAAUGCUUGAUUAGAAUUGACCAUUUAUUCCAUGAUCACCCAGAUGGGCUGCACAUACAUGAAUUCAAGUCACUCACUAAGGAAGUGUGCAAGCUGCCAUCUUUUUUUUCCACAUCUCUUUUCAGAAAGAUUGAUAAUGGAACUGGUGUUGUGACAAGGAAAGCAUUUAUUGAUUAUUGGAUUAAUGGAAACAUGUUGACAAAGGAUAUAGCAACCCAAGUAUACACAAUUUUAAAGCAACCACAGCUCAAUUACCUUACUCAGGAUGAUUUUAAACCUGUGCUUCGUGAGCUUUUGGCAACACAUCCAGGGCUGGAAUUCCUGCAGAGCACCCCUGAGUUUCAAGAGAGAUAUGCUGAAACUGUCAUAUACCGAAUAUAUUACUACGUUAAUAGAUCAGGAAAUGGUCAUCUUACGCUGAGGGAGCUGAAGCGUGGAAACAUAAUUGAUGCAAUGCAGCAUGCUGAUGAAGAAGAGGACAUAAACAAGGUUUUGAGGUACUUCUCUUAUGAGCAUUUUUAUGUCAUAUACUGCAAGUUUUGGGAGCUGGAUUCAGAUCAUGAUUUCUUGAUAGACAAAGAGAACCUUAUCAGAUAUGGUAACCAUGCUCUCACCUAUCGAAUUGUCGAUAGAAUAUUUUCUCAGGUUCCUAGAAGGUUUACUAGUAAGGUUGAGGGAAAGAUGGGUUAUGAAGAUUUUGUUUACUUCAUACUGUCAGAAGAGGAUAAAUCAUCUGAGCCAAGUCUUGAGUAUUGGUUCAAGUGCAUCGAUUUGGAUGGGAAUGGAGUUCUGACACGGAAUGAAUUGCAAUUCUUUUAUGAGGAGCAAUUGCAUCGUAUGGAAUGUAUGGCCCAAGAACCUGUGCUUUUUGAGGAUAUACUGUGCCAAAUCAUUGAUAUGAUUGGACCUGAGAAUGAGAGCUAUAUAACUCUGCGUGACCUGAAAGGCGGUAGACUGUCGGGAAGUGUUUUCAAUAUCCUGUUUAAUCUAAAUAAGUUCAUGGCCUUUGAAACUCGUGACCCAUUUUUGAUUCGUCAGGUGCUUGACUAUUUGAUAGAAGUUAUUGGGCUUUUGAUUCAGUAUGAUUGGUUAUUGUUGGUGAGUUUGACUGUCUUGGUGGUAUUUGUCUUGUGUGAACAGGAACGUGAAAAUCCUACAUUGACAGAGUGGGAUCGCUUUGCUCAUAGAGAAUAUAUUAGGCUUUCAAUGGAAGAAGAUGUCGAGGAUGCCUCUAACGGAAGUGCAGAAGUUUGGGAUGAAUCCCUUGAGGCUCCAUUCUGACAUCAUUUAUUGUAUGAAAAGAUAUUAACGCCCCGAAACCGAAUGGACUGGCCAUUGUUCAGAGACAUGAUUCAGGAUCAGCUUUGAACGCCAACUUUGCCCCAGCAAGGGGAAAAUUCCAAGCUUAGCUAUGGAAUGUUUUGAGCAAACAACAGCAGCGAUGUUCAUACCUGCUGGUAGUGACAUUCAUUGGGCCAUUAUCAUGGAAGUUUUGUCGCUUGUACCAAUGUUCAUGUAGAGUGAGGACAUUUACUAAGAUGUGAUUAGCCAAGUUGAAUUAAAUUGACAUCAUUGAGACACUUACCAUAAGUAGCGAGAUUUUCUGAUGGAUUUUUUCUUUGUUUUUUACGAUCGAGUCACUCUUGGCUUGGAUCUGAAGGAGUACAUCCUUGAUUUUUUGUCAUCUUUGGCUCAGGCCGUCUUUUACUGAAUUUCUUUUUUAUGUUAGGCUAAUUGAAAAUUUUAAAGAAAGUGUAAUGCUACACAUAAAAAUCU